AGUCUAUGAAGCAAGUACCAAUUUUAUAACAUUCAAAUUCAUCCUGGCAUGUAUGUGACUUUAUAUAUAUAUAUAUAUAUAUGUGGGUGAAUUGUAAUUUUUUUUUUUUUUUUUUUUGACAUAUAUGUAAAUGCAACAGUCAUUGGCAUUCGAUUUCAUUAACGAUUCAAAGGUUCACCACCUACGAUCAAUCAAUAGCAAGAAUGCACAUUUCAACAUCUACGGAUGUAGAAACAUGAAUUUGAGCAAGAUAAGAUUAUCAGCUCCAGAUGAAAGCCCAAACACAGAUGGAAUUAAGAUUGGAAGCUCUCACAGAAUCAAAAUCUCACGCACGGUGAUCGCUACUGGGGAUGACUGCAUAGCCAUGUUGUCUGGAAGCACAAAGAUACACAUCUCUAAGGUUGUUUGUGGUCCCGGCCAUGGAAUCAGCAUUGGAAGCCUUGGAAGGUAUGAUGGAGAGCAAGAUGUGAGUGGAAUAGUUGUCAAGAACUCGACCUUCACAGGGACUACUAAUGGAGUCCGGAUCAAGACGUGGCCUACUCCUACUUCCUGCAAGGCUUUCAAUUUUCUAUUCCAAGACAUUAUCAUGGAAAAUGUCUUUAAUCCCAUCACCAUUGAUCAACUCUAUUGCCCACAUGGUGGUUGUGAUCAACAGGCUUCUUCUAACGUGCAAAUCAGCGAUGUUACAUACAAAAACAUAGUGGGAAGUUCAAGUUCAGAAGUGGCAGUGAGUCUGAUUUGCAGCAGAAGCAAGCCUUGUAACAAAGUAAUCCUGGACAACAUCAAUCUAGAGUAUGUUGGUAAAGGAGAUUCGAAAUCAUCGUGCGUUAAUGUUGUUGGCGUCUCUUAUGGACAACAAACCCCUCCUACCUGCUUUUAGUUUCUUCUCUUUUGUAGCAUAUUAUGACUUUUAAUGGUUUGGCACCCUAGCUUUGUUCUAUCAGUUUUUAUGUUCCAUCUAGCUCUACCCACCACUAUGUAUUUACAUUUUCAAUUUUACCACUUUCUUGAUAGUUUAGAUAUCGCCCUGCUUGCCCUGGUUCAAAGAACAUGAAAUAAUGUAUAGCAUCAUUAAAGUCAUUUUGAAUAAAAACUUAUUCAAAACUUGUUGGGUUUAGUUAUAUAAAGAAUUCUCAUGUAAACCAUCGCCUAUCGCCUAGCUUAUAAUGGAUGACAUAAUAAUGUAGCAAAGAUGUUACAAAAUUUAAA